AUGGACCUUCUGAUCGCAUUUAAGGCGGGCAGUCACAAAGUGGGACGCCGAUCUUACUUGUCCCCAGCAUGCCGACCAACACAGCCUGGUCCUGACGGCCUCUCACAAACCAGAAGACGAUUGGCUCUUGAUGGCUCCCCUGAUCCCUAUUUUGUUGUAAAUCCCCACCUUUUUGGAGAUCGCCAACUCUGGCCCACUGAAGGUUUGCGGAAGCUGUGCAGUGACCUUGGCUUUUCUACAUCCGGGAGCCGCAGCGAGUUAGUCGAGCGCUUACAGGCGUUCGACAAAAAUCCAGUUGGCGAUAGUCUAGAAUACGUCGAAACGGAGUUCUGUGUGGAACAGAAGGAGAGUGGCUACCUGAGUAUGCUCCCCAUACCGCGUGAUAACAUACCGGAAGGGUUGGUCGCUGCCCUCGCGACCCCAGCUCCACAAUUCAGCCGGCCCGCCCUGCGAAAGCAACAGAAUAAAUGCACAUGCGAAUGCGGCACAAACAGGUUGCAACACAAAUUCGGAGAAUGGCAAGAGCUGGAGCUUGCGGAACGGAACACGCGCGAAGCCAGCCGCACACCAUCCUCUGCAGAUUUCGCGGAGAACGGCAGUGGGAGUGGCCGCCGCCUCAAGCGACGCAGAGCCAACUCUUCGAGGGAAAAGAGCCUCGCAUCGCACUCUCCUCGAAAGCGAAUCAAAUUUAGCCGCUUCAACAAUGUGCAACUGAUAACGCCGUCUAAGCUGGACUACAACAGUGAGCAAAGCAACUUUUCCGAUUGUAGUUCAGUGCCUCGGCUGCCUACAUCCUCAGACCCAGUUCAAAAAAGCGAUGAGCCCUCCUUACCUUCUGCGCUUUGCUUAAAAUCUAGGGUGGAGCUGGGUAACAACUCUCUUCCAAAGGCUAUUUCCGUGAAGAUCUUGCAUCGAAAACGAAGGUCACGACAUCGCCGAUCCCGAAAGGUAUUUGAAACUCGUAUGCAAAAAAUGCAGUUAUUGACGAGCCUCUCAUGCUUAUGCAUCCAAAAAAGGUAA